UCUUUUCUUCUGAUUGCAACUUUGUACUGUAGAUUUUCUCAUAAGAUCUUUUCCCAUGCAUUUGAUUCAGGUAAAACAAAUGGUAGUGGCAACCCUUGCUGAAUCUGGAAUGAAUCUUUCUGAUGAUGUCAUUGAAAGCAUCAUUGACAAGACUUUUGAGGAAGCAGAUACCAAGAAUGAUGGGAAAAUCGACAAAGAGGAAUGGCGCAAUCUUGUCUUGCACCAUCCAUCCCUUUUGAAGAAUAUGACACUGCAAUACCUCAAGGACAUCACUACGACAUUCCCAAGUUUCAUUUUUCAUUCUCAAGUUGACGAUACAUAGGACGACUACUCUCACUUCCGCAUUGAUGAAAAUAAGAUCAAGAUCAAGAUGGGACUGCUGUUUCAAGAGCCUGGAAGAGAUGCCAUUUCCUUGUCGAGUUUUUCUUCUUUUUUCCUCCUAUUAUUUAUGCUUCCUGUUUUGCAUCUGUUUAAUUUGCUGGAAUAUGAAUCAUUCCUUGUGUUAUUGGAUUCAUCUGCUGGUGAAUAUUCAUGUUUUUUUGUCUCC